AUGAAAACUGAAUUGUCGCAGUCCUUAGAUAAUAGUAUAGAUGCUUUGAAAGUGGAGAUCGGUGGACAGAUAAAUGAUAUUAGAAAGGAUAACAAUACUUUCAGACAAGAAGUUACGGAACAGGUAACAAAAGUAUCUUCUCAAUUGCAAACACACAUUCGUGAGCCUAGGGAAGAAAAAGAUAAGCUGAUACAAGAUAUACAUAAGCUUUUGGAAGAUUUUGCUAGUCUGAAAUCAAAUCUCUUCACCGAUCUUGAAACUAACAACAAUGAUUUAAGAGAAGAGAUUCAAAACAUUGUUAAAGCUACCAGGGAUGAAUUUACUGAUUCUCUGGAGGAAGUUAAAAUUGUUAUAAACAACAUACAGGAAGAAAAAUUAUCUCAGAUUACAAGUGAAUUAGAAAAGGAAGAACAAGAACUCUCUUCUCUUAAGCAACGAAUAGAGAGGAAUGAAAUAGAAUUAAACGAGUCUCAGCAAAGAGAAUCUUUUGAACGAUGUGGGUUGGAGAGACUUUGUGCAGAAACAAACAAGACAAUUAGAACUGAUCAUAAUUUAGAUUUUGUAGUGGACAUUAACCGUGAUUAUAAUACCUCUGUAGGGAGCACGGAGAAUCCACAUGUAAAUGGAAAAGAACCUAUGGUUAUUCCUUGUACUAAAGUAUUGUGGGAAGAAAUUCGGAUUGGAAAUAGUGAUGACAGGUUAAGAUUUUUGAGAGAUAAUUUUAGUCAUAAUGUUAGGGCUUACAACAACAAUAAUAAUAGCAAUCCAAAUUUUUGUAACAAUAAUGAGGAGAAUGAUGGAAAAAGGAGAGAAAAAAUUCAUAGAAAACAGGAAGAAAAGUCGUCUGAAAUUCAGGAAUACCCUGUAGGGGCAGUAGUGAUAGAAAAUGUGGGAAAUGAGGAAUGUCUUUCGAUGGGGGCCAUAUUGAGAGACAAAUAA